AUGGCCAAUGGCACGUACCGCCUUCCAAGGGCACUAUCGGUCGCUGUACGCGUGAUCGACCUUUCGCUACUGAAAAACGUCAAUCUGCCUAUCAUGCGACGCAAAAUUGAUAUCGAUGCUCAUGAGCAGGAGGUUACGCGCCUUUAUCAGAAUGGAACCCCUACAGACACAAUCAAGGCUCUCCUCAAGGGCCGAGGCGUUACGAUCUCAGAUCGCACGCUCCGACACCGGCUGGAAGAGUGGGGUCUCCGUACGCCUCGGGUGAGAACGUAUGUACCUCCACACCCCGUAGAGUGGCUAUGGGUCUAA